AGUUUGUAGGUUAAUUGGUUUCUGUAAAUUGUCCCUAGUGUGUAGGAUAGAACAAGUGUACGGGUCAUAGUUGGGCAGUAUAGACUUGGUGGGGUGAAGAGCCUGUUUCUACACUGCAUCUCUAAAAUUAACCGUCAGUAACUUUGUUUCCCAGGGUGGAAAUAUCUAAUACCAGAGGGCAUAGCUACAAGGUGACAGUGAGAAUGUUUAAUGGAAAUGCACGGGAACCAUUGCCAGGGGUGGUGGUGGAGGCAGAUACGAUCGUGAGGUUUAAAAGGCUUUUAGAUAGGUACAUGGAAGUGCUGGGAACAGAGGGAUAUAGAUUAUGAACAGACAGAUUAGUUCAGUUUAACAUUGUGUCAUGUACGGCACAGAUAUCGUGGACCGAAGGGCCCGGUCCUGUGCUAUAAUGUUCAAUGGAUAAACUUGAAAGAGAACCAUAGAUGUGAGUCAACAGAUAUCCUCUCAAGCAAAAAACAUAGAACAUCACAUCAGCUUCCAGGAGAGGUAGUGGAGGCAGAUACAAUGACAAUAUUUAAGAAGCAUUUGGACAAGUACCGGUCACUUCCUGAAGAUGAAUCAAAGUCAGGAAAAGCCUAGGUUUUAUGAGGUCUAACCAGCAACCACAGCCCAACAACAGACCACAAGCAAACAUAGUCAUAGAAUUGCACAGCACGGAAGUGGGCCCUUCGACCCAACUCAUCCAUUCUGACCUUGAUUCCUAUCUAUGCUAGUCCACUUUGCCCACGUGAGGCCUACACUCCUUAUUUAUGCAAGGACUUGUCUAAAGGACAGCUUGAAAUUGAUGGGCCGAAGGAUCUGUUUCUCUGCUGUGCUACUCUAUUACAGGACAUCUCAGCAAAUGGCAGCACAGUGGCGCAGCGGUAAAGUUGCUGCAUCACACUGCCAGAGACCCGGAUUUCGACCCUGACCUCAGAUGUGUCUUAUCUUGAUGGAACACUGGCCAAAUUGUUGAUACUAAAUGGACGACCUUGACUUCGACACAAUGGAGGAGGUGUUUGCAAACCUUUCUGAUUUGACUGGCGGCCUCAACAAAACCUGCUCCUUAAACAAGGGCUUCCAAUUUUAUUAUCUGCCCAUCAUGUACAUUAUCGUCUUUGUCACCGGAUUCAUCGGCAACAGUGUUGCUCUCUGGAUGUUCAUCUUUCACAUGAGACCUUGGAGCAGCAUCACCAUCUACAUGUUCAACCUCGUCCUGGCUGACCUCUUCUACGUCUUCUCCUUGCCCGUCCUAAUCUUCUACUACUUCAACAAAACCGACUGGAUCUUCGGCGAGCUCCUGUGCAAGCUUCAGCGGUUCAUCUUCCACGUGAACCUGUACGGCAGCAUCCUGUUCCUGACCUGCAUCAGCGUCCACAGGUACACGGGUGUUGUCCACCCCAUGAAGUCGCUGGGCAGGCUGAAGAAGAAGUCGGCCACCAUUGUCUGCGUGUGCGUGUGGAUUACCGUCAUGGCCGGCAUCUCCCCCAUACUUUACUUCUCCAGAACGGGGCUGAGAAGAAACAAAACCAACACCUGUUACGACACCACGUCUAAGGAUCUCCUGGAAAUCUACUUCAUCUACAGCAUGAGCACCACCUUCUUUGGAUUCUGCAUCCCCUUUGCCACUAUCUUGGUCUGCUACGGUUUCAUAGUGAAGGCACUGAUAUCAAACGAUAUGAAGACUCCACUCCGAGGCAAGUCCGUGCGCCUGGUCAUCAUUGUGUUGGCCGUCUUCGCCAUCUCCUACCUGCCCUUCCACAUCAUGAAGAACCUCAACCUUCAGUCCAGACUCUAUUACCAAGGGCUAGACACUUGCGAGUGGAACCGAAGGGUCUACGCCACGUAUCAAGUGACCAGAGGUCUGGCCAGCCUCAACAGUUGCGUGGACCCUAUCCUGUACUUCCUGGCAGGAGAUACAUUCAGGAGGAGGUUCACAAACGCUGCCAGUAGGUUCAUGACUCGACGGGGCGAACUCUCUAUGCCGUUCAGGAGUGAAGACAGUCCACUCCAGCCUGUGUCAAAUAUUUCACAGAAUGGAGACACUUCCUUGUAAACCGGUUUUUUGUAGGCAGUGAAUUGUGUGACUGUGUAGGUUUGGAGGGUACAGUAAAGUAUUACACUUGAGACUUAAACUCUAUAGGAAACGAUGAUACGUGAAAUGUCCAGGAAUUAAAUGUUCGUGCUCGCAAUCUUUA